CUUACAUUUUAAGGGAUUAACUACCAUUUUUCCAUUACAUUUAUCUGAAUUAAAUGAUACCAAUGGGAGACAAGGUUAAUGUAACUGUCUUGCUGCCCAUGAUGGAGCUCUGCUUAUUAAGCAUAAUUACUUUAUUUGGAGUUGGGAUGGUGCUGGGAUGCUGGAUGAAUUGUCAUGGAAUGAGGUAAGUGAGCAUUUCCUGGCUUUGCUGGAGCAAAACAUCCUGGGAGGACACAAUUCGCAUUCAUAGUUUGUUUCAAGUCAAAUUACUGAGAUAAUUACAAAAGACAAAAUUGUUUUAUGUUAAAGGCCUUCCAGUUUUUUUUUGUUAUUUGGUAAUGGCUUGGUAGAUGAGUUAUCAAAAAAAUAUCUAGAUGUUUUGUUGUGUCAGUAGAAUACAUGAGGUGAGUAAUCAUUGUGUAAACGUGUUGAUUUAAAAACCGGUAAUUAAAGGAAUGCUGACGUAACUGUGCACUACUGAACGAGUCUCUGAACGAAUCAUAACGACUCUUUAUAGUGAAAGUAAACAAAGGAUUCGAGUCACUGGGAUGAAUCAGUCCUCACCACUACUAAUACUCUUAACAGCCAGAGCAGAGCUGAAGGUGCAAUCAGUUGUUUGUUAUGUUUUAGUGUAGAAAUCACUAAUUUCUCACGCGGUUUUUGUAUUAAUUCGUGAGCUUCUCGAAUGCUUCUUUUAAAUUGUCUGAUUAGUCAAAGCUAAGCAUCCGUCUCUAUGGAGGAGAACCAACCUCUUAAAGAACCAGGAACGGUGGAGGCUCCUGGUGCAGGGAGCACACAGCGUCCCUUCAACAUGAAUCAUUACGCUACUAAGAAGAGUGCAGCGCAGAGCAUGUUGGAUGUGGCUCUUCUGAUGGCGAACUCCUCUCAGCUGAAGACAGUGCUGCAUUCAGGAGCACAGCACCGCUUCUACGUUCCUCUCAUCGCUCUGAUCUCACUGUCUAUCUCACUGCAGGUCAUUGUUGGCCUCCUGCUCAUCUUCAUUGUGAAGUAUGACCUGAAUGAUGUUAAGAAACAGCCGAGACUUAACACAAUGAAUGACGCAGCAACUGUGUUUGUGUUCUUUACCGUUCUUAUCAACAUCUUCGUCACAGCAUUGGGAUUUGAGACUGGAGGGGGCAGUGUAAUAUUUGAAACUGCACUCGCUCAGACCAGAUCUUUAAACUUCACUGAUGAUUAAGCUCACAUGAUUGUAUUGGGACUCAACCUGCCUUUCAUGUCAUCAACGUGUUUUUACCGAACAACUUACUGGACACUAUAGGCUUACUCCAUAGCAUAACAAAAGAUCUCAUGUGAUAUUAUGUAAUGUUUAGCCUGCACAUUUAAACAAACUAUGAAAUUGUCUUUUUCUCAGUUUAUGUGGAAGAUACCUUUUUACAUAAGGGACACAAUAGAGAAUAUAGCAAAUUGUUUGUGAUUUUUUUAUUUUCUUGGUUAUUGCAUCAUUCUAGCAACACUGAUGAAAAC